AUGGAAAAAUCUGUUCAUUAUCUAUCUAUCUAUCUAUCUAUCUAUCUAUCUAUCUAUCUCGGUCUGUUCAUAUCUAUCUAUCUAUCUAUCUAUCGAUCUCAGUCUGUUAAUAAUCUAUGUAUCUAUUUUCUCUAUAUCUCAUUCUUUCUCUAUAUUCUCCCACUGUUUUCUUAUCUAUCUAUCUAUCUAUCUAUCUUAGGGGUUACAGGGCCCUGUUCACUAUCUAUCUAUCUAUCUAUCUAUCUAUCUAUCUAUCUAUCUCAGUUUGUAUAUAUGUAUAUAUCUGUCUAUCUAUCUAAGUCUGUUAAAAUCAAUCUAUGUAUCUAUUUUCGGUUUAUCUCAUUCUAUCUCUAUAUCCUCUCACUGUUUUCAUAUCUAUCUAUCUAUCUAUCUAUCUAUCUAUCUAUCUAUCUAUCUAUCUAUAUAUCUAUCUAUCUAUCUAAUUUAGUCUAUUCAUUAUCUAUGUAUCUUUCUUUCUUUCUUUAUUUCUUUCUCUCUCUCUCUAUCUAUCUAUCUAUCUGUCUUUUUUAA